GUCGGAUGUUGUGAAUCUGGAAUUUGAACUCUAGUCGGACGUCAAACGCUUCUAAAAUCCGACAAAUUUCUCCCUUGUGUAUUUUUAGGCCCCUCCUUUCAAAGUAAGAGCUUUACUCUUUUGCCAAAUUGCCUUCACCUGAUUAAUACAUAUGUACAUGGGAGGGAUAGAGAGAGAUUAGAGCGAGAGAGAGUUCAUUCGCAUCCAAAUUUUGCGUAAAUGCGAAAAUUAAUUAAAGAACUCACUUGUGAAGAAGAGGAGAAAGUGAAUUUCUCUCGUUUCCGUUUGAAUUUCGCUCCGGACCUUGGGCGGUAAAGGAGCAUCGACUAUCUUUUCUGGGUCCGGAGAUUUAGGGUUUCUUCUUGAUGUUACAAUUCAAGCUCUGAUACAUUUGAAUGUGCAUAAUUUUUUUAGGGUUUAGAUUUCUUUGUAUAAAGGGUGUGUAUUAGUGUAAUAAUCCGACAUGGACGGGCGGAGAAUAACGGCGAGCCCGAGGCCGUGCUGUGGCCGGCGAGUGGUGGCGAAGAAGCGGCCUCGCGGUGGUUUAGAUGGUUUUGUUAACAGCGUGAAGAAGCUGCAGAGAAGGGAGAUUUCCUCGAAGCGUGACCGUGCUUUUAGCAUGAGUGAUGCUCAGGAGCGAUUCCGCAACAUUCGCUUGCAGGAGGAAUAUGAUACUCAUGAUCCCAAGGGAUAUUGUUCUUUGUCGUUACCGUUUCUGAAGAAGAGGUCAAAAAUUAUUGAGAUAGUUGCUGCCCGUGAUAUUGUCUUUGCACUUGCCCAAUCUGGUGUGUGUGCAGCAUUUAGUCGAGAGACUAACCAGAGGAUAUGCUUCUUGAAUGUUUGUCCUGAUGAAGUCAUUCGGAGCUUAUUCUACAACAAAAAUAAUGAUUCGCUAAUCACUGUUUCGGUCUACGCUUCAGAUAAUUUUAGUUCCUUAAAAUGCAGAACAACAAGGAUCGAGUACAUACGAAGGGGCAAACCUGAUGCUGGUUUCCCUCUUUUUGAGUCUGAGUCAUUGAAGUGGCCUGGUUUUGUUGAAUUUGAUGAUGUGAAUGGAAAGGUUCUCACCUACUCCGCACAAGACAGCAUAUACAAGGUUUUUGACUUGAAAAAUUACACAAUGUUAUACUCGAUUUCAGAUAAAAAUGUCCAGGAGAUUAAGAUCAGUCCAGGAAUCAUGCUUUUGAUAUUUACAAAAACCCAAGGCGCUGUCCCCUUGAAGAUUCUCUCAAUUGAAGAUGGGACCGUUUUGAAAUCAUUUAACCAUCUUCUUCAUAGAAACAAGAAAGUUGAUUUCAUUGAACAGUUCAAUGAAAAGCUUCUAGUCAAACAAGAGAACGAGAAUCUCCAGAUUGUUGAUGUUCGUAAUGUUGAGAUAACAGAAGUUAGCCGGACCGAGUUCAUGACUCCUUCUGCAUUCAUAUUUCUGUACGAGAACCAAUUAUUCCUGACUUUCAGAAACCGAACAGUUGCUGUCUGGAACUUCAGAGGGGAGCUUGUCACCUCAUUUGAGGAUCACCUGUUAUGGCAUCCUGAUUGCAACACUAACAACAUAUAUAUCACAAGCGAUCAGGAUCUCAUCAUUUCGUAUUGCAAAGCAGAUUCUGAUGAACCGUUGUCUGAUGGGAUUGCGGGUUCUAUCAAUAUCAGCAAUAUCUUAACUGGGAAGUGCUUGGCAAAAAUAAAAGCGAGCAAUAGUCUUCCCAUGAACGAAUGCAACUGCAGUGCAGGUUGUGGGGGGAGGAAGUGCAACUCAAGGAAGCGCAUCCAAGCUUCUAGAAUCAGCACUGUCGCUGAGGCCCUGGAAGAUAUCACCGCUCUCUUCUAUGAUGAAGACCGCAACGAGAUUUACACUGGCAACAGGCAUGGUCUUGUUCACGUCUGGUCCAACUAAAGGUGGCAGGUUCGCCCCCAUUUUCUUAUGGAUGAACACUUAGUUGCUUAAUAGAAUGCUAAAUCAUUAGUUUCCCCAAUCUCUUGUCUUCAGUUUGUAUUUUCUCACCCCCAUUAAGGGGGUUGUCCAUGUCCACUAUCACGAUGCUAUAAAUUUGUAGUCUUUGUCGAUUUACCCUUUGGCGUGUUGGACCUAACUAAGAUGUCAGUAACAUUUCGUGUGUAGACGUACCGAGUCAGUGUAAUUUGUGUUGGAGUCAAAACUGUGCUUGUUGUGGAAGAUAAUCUGGGUUCUCUGUAAAUUGUUGGUGUUUUUUUGCUGAAUGAAUGGUUCUUAUUCUUCUU